AAAGAGAAACGGAAGAAAGAAAAAAGGUGAUCGGAGAUUUUGAGUUUUUUCUUUAUUUCUCUCAGAUUUGGAAGAAAUGGCGGCAGAAGAGGGACAAGUGAUUGGUUGCCACGCCAACGAUGUAUGGACCGUGCAACUCGACAAAGCCAAAGAAUCCAACAAGCUGAUUGUGAUAGAUUUCACUGCUUCAUGGUGUCCACCAUGCCGCAUGAUUGCUCCUAUUUUCACCGAUUUGGCCAAAAAGUUCAUGUCAAGUGCCAUCUUCUUCAAGGUCGAUGUUGAUGAACUUCAGAGUGUUGCUAAAGAGUUUGGUGUGGAGGCAAUGCCAACCUUUGUGUUUAUUAAAGCCGGCGAGGUUGUGGAUAAGCUUGUUGGUGCGAAUAAAGAAGAUCUUCAGGCUAAAAUAGUGAAGCAUACUGGUGUUGCCACUGCUUAAAUCAGUUUGAGGCAUAAUAAGAAGGUCUAAUUUGUUUUUUCUACCCCUUCUUUUAGUGUUGCAUUUAAUGGGGAGCUGGUAGGAUUUUUUCAGGGCAAGAAGGGUCUUAGACAGGGAGAUCCCAUCUCUUCCCUAUUGUUUGUCUUGGCUAUGGAUGUCUUAUCUAAGAAGCUAGAUAAAGGUGUAAUUAAUCA